CCACCAACGGAAGCGGAGCUUACCACCACAGAGGUAACCACGACGGAAGAGGUAGUGCACUUUUACAACACCGUCAAAGACUCGGACGCUCCAGAACCAAUAAUACCAAAGGUUGAUGAGGUCAAACGAGAAGAAGAAAGAGAGGAGGAAGAAGAAGGGGAAGCGUGCCUAUCAAAGGCAUGCAUUGAUCAUGGAUGCGGUCCAAAUGGGGACUGUGUUCCGAUAAACCAAACCUCCUACAGGUGUCAGUGCAAAUUAUACUACGAUGUCAAGCCAAUAGAGCGGGCAGCAAAGUUUGAUGGCAACUCUUUCCUGGAAAUCUCGUCGGACGAGUUCCCACAUUUAACAUCUGAAAAAGAAGAGGUUGUGGAAUUCAAAUUCAAGACAAACGAAUCCGAUGGAGUAAUCUUUUGGCAAGGACAACAACCUGGUACUUCUGUUGUCGGAGAGGAUUACUUUUCGGUUGGGUUGUCGAAUGGAUAUCUACAUUUCUCAUAUGAGUUAGGAGGAGGUGCUGCCCAUAUGGUAUCAGAGAACAGAGUCGAUGACGACAAAGAACACCACAUUCGACUGGAGAGACGAGGCCGCCGUGGAGUUUUGAAAAUUGACGACCAGGUUAAAAAGAAUGGUCUGAGUAGUGGUAUUCUGGCUAUGCUCAACGCCGAUGGGAACAUCUUCAUAGGGGGAGUACCGGACGUCUACAGAGAUACAGGCGGACUUCACUCAAAAAAUUUUGUUGGUUGUGUUGCGGACGUUGCGUUAAAUGGUGAAAUAAUUGACCUUAUGGGAACAGCUAUCGAUGGAAAAAAUGUGAGACCAUGCGACGAGUGGAUUUCACCUAGGAGGAGGCGACUGAAAGGAAGAAGACGACAACGAGAUUGGACGUUGCUGUGA